CAAUUUAACUUACCCAUCUGAAUCCGGAUUCGGGUUUGAGAUUUUCGUUACUUUUUCGUCUUCGUCGCACUCACACAUUUUGUACAAAAAAUUUUAGUAAUAUAAAUUUUACCAAAAAAAUAUUUUAUUUCUUCUACCGAAAAUUAUAAAAUUUCAAAAUAAUUGUCAUCAUGACUGACAAAUCAAUAAACAAAAAAUUAUUAUUUGUCAGAUGAAUCAUAUCUAAUAUUUUAUCAAAAUUUAAGUGAAUUUUUUUCUAGUUUUUCUAAAUUAUGGGAGUGAAAAAAGAGAAAAAACGCAAAUUCAAUCCUCGACCUAAAAUCGAUUAUCCUCCUGUACCAACAAAAAAAUGGAUUCCACCAGAUUUAAGGAGAAAAAAGGUGAGACCUCCACCUCAACUGAUGUAUCAGAAACCGCCUGGAAUGGAUCAGAAAUCGAGACCAACAGCUUUGAGGAAAAUUUGGCGCCAUUAUUUGUUUCACGAGGAUACAGCUAUUUUGACAGGAACAUUUUCCCAAACUCAUAAGAGAUUUACGUUCAGAUCAAAUGGAUUACAAUCUGCCUGCAACUGUGCUUUGGCAUGCGUUUUUGCACAUAUUCUUCCUAUGGAAGUAUGGGACCAAUUUCUCAUGGAUACCAUCCUAAUUCUUGGCGACCAAUUAUUUAGAAAAAGUCUGGAGCAAGAUCCCGAUAGAUGUUGGACAGAAAUUUCUACCGACAGGGUAUAUACUUCCAUAUACAUAGGAAGAAAAAAGGUAUCUUUUGAAGUUGAUUUUAAGAACAGAAUUGAUGAAAUAUUGAAAGUCGUGAACGAAGACCGAAUUAAAAGAAGAUUUCAAGAAGUAAUAGAGCAAAUUUUUUCGAUAUAUUUUUGUGGACUUUUCACUAUGGACGGUUGCAAGAAAGUUUUGGCGUUUUGGUUUAAAGAUAGAAAAUAUUAUCUUUUUGAUCCAACUGCACAUACUUCUUGUGGUAUAACUUGGGAAAAUUGGCCAGGUGGUGGAGUAUCCAUAACAUACCGUUGCAAUACUAUGGAAGACUUCAUAAAUAGAUUGUACGAGAACAUUACGUGUCACGGCGAUAUUAUACUGGAGAGCCUAGCGCACUGUCAUUGCAUGGGAGCGGUUAACUCAAAGCUGACUUCCAAAAUUUGCAGGGGCAGAUUUUGGGUCGAGCCAUUAAUGGUCCUUAGAGUAACCGAAAUUGACACUACACCGCCAGAUAAAUACGAAGACGUCAGACCAAUUCUUCCACCGCACGAGAUUUGCUUCCGAGUGUGCCCGUGCCGGGGGAUAAAAGGUUUAGAGGAUAAAGUUAACUACAGGGAUCAGGUUGUACCAACAGACGAACAAUUGGCAGGUCUAAUGGAUCAACCCGUUGAUAUUUGGGACGCAAGACUAAGAAAAUUUCUUGAAGAUGAGGAAGCAGACAAUGAUUGUCAUAAAUUAGAAAUUGAAGAACUUUCUCCUCAAAUCGACAAAAAGUUUUCACUAACAAAACGCCCUUCCUGGCUACAGGAAGAUUUUGAGAAAAGUGAUCAUUGCAAAUUCCCCAUUCCUUAUUCUAAAAGGCCGCAAGCAAUGAGUUUUUAUUUAGAUAUUGAUCCUGGAAAUACCUCUAUUAUGCGGGCCGGUACUCACUCCAGAGAUACGAAUUUCACAAAAUAUGGUGGCCGCCAGAGUAUGGGAAAUGCAAUAUCUUCUUUGAUAAUGUUGAAGUUUUGGAAGUCUAAACAUUGGGUACCCGCUCUAUUAAACAGGAUACUAAAAUUCGGCGAUUUGUUAUACAGGGAAGCAAUGAUAUCCAUUCCACGUACGCAGAGCUUAAAAUUAUCGAAUUUUCAAAGAAAAAGCGAGUUUAUGGGAAAAUACUUUUUGCCUGUGGUGAACGAUUAUGUAGUUGUUGGGCGACUAUCUUGCAAGGAAUUCGAAGUUUUAGACCUGUUUGUAGCUCUAGAAACCUUUUUAAUAGAAAAUCAAUGCUGCGUUAUUAUUGGGCCAAUUACUUUGUCAGUUUGGGUAGAAGAUGGUUAUUACUAUAUGUUUGAUCCCAAUGAAAGGGAUACCAAAGGUAGAACAUUAGGUGAGCGCGACGAGCCAAUAAAGGAGCUAGACUGCAUUUCUCCGUCAGGUAAAGCGUGUCUCAUGAGAUUCAAAGAACUAAAAGAUCUCGUUGAAUUGUACAUGAAUAAUUUGGAAAGAUGUUUUAAAGAAGCUCCGUUUUAUCUUAGCAAAGUUGAAAUUAUGGAUUGGGUCGAUAUUCCAGAAACUUGGUAUAAUUUCAGAGGUCUUGCUCCAGGAAAAUGGAUACUAAGGGGUAUAUUUCACCAAGGCGAUAGAAAAUAUGAACCACAAACUAGAAACUUUCAGAGCCCAGCUAUUUCAAUGGUCGUGAUGGCCAUGAAGCAAUUGAAACCUAUAAAAGAGUGGACUGAAUGCGAUAUUAAUGAACUGUUAGAUCUAGGUGACAGGUUUUAUAAGGAAACGAUCGAUGCACUCAAAGAAAAAAAUGUCUACAACAAUAAAAUGUUAUUGUUGGCCGAUAUUAACAGGGAAUUUAGAUUCUGGCAAAAACUGGUAGAAUUUUCUUUAGAAGAAUGUGUCCAAAAUGGAAUUUUUACAGCUAGAAACUGUAACGACGUUAUGAAUCUCUACAAAGCAUUAUGUUUUUAUUUUAUAUCCUACGAUCUUGGAAUUGUCACGUGUAGAAAUAUGUCCGUUGCAGUUUGGAAAUUCGAUGACAUGUUCUUCUAUUGUGACAGUCAUUCUAGAGAUGACAAAGGUCUUACUACACCUUUCGGUACUGCCUGCAUUGUCAGAACAUGCUCUCUUGAAGAUAUAGCUGAAAUGAUAAUGUGCAACUUUGUUCCUAACCCAGAAGAUUAUUUCAAUAUAACCAACGUCAAAAUGACAUUUUACGAUUUGGAUGCUGAAGGUUUUAUCCGUCCAGUUAUUUUGUACUACAGGAAACUUACUCGAUAUAAAUUCAUAUUGAGAUCGCUGUACAGCGAAACUCAUAAUAGAUAUGAGUUAAAUGUCGGCAAACAGACGAUUCCUAUGAUGGUGAUGGGGAUUUGUUAUAAUAAAUUGAAACCUGCCAUAGAAUGGAACCAAGCGGAUAUAGACGAAAUCAUGAACAAAGGUGACAACUUGUACGUCCAAUCCAUGCUCGACAUACUUCAAAAGGAAGAAACUCAAUUUAUAUCGCUCACGAUGAAUCACGAAGUGGAUCCUGCUGGUGGCGCUAGGAAGGCGAGAGAUAGCCAUAGUAUGUCAUCAGAGAAAGGUUCAGAAAUGACUAGAGCAACAGGUUCUGAUAAUAGAAGUUCAGAAAUCGAUGGAGGCGGUGAUGCAAAAGUAGAAGACGAGGCUUCAUCUAUGGAGGAAAUUGAAAUUAAUUUAAACAAUAUGAAGAAAGAGUUCAAUAUAGGAUUAAACAAGUUUACCUUUAUUGUUGAAGACGUCGGAUCAGGACUCGUUGACCCAGAUCUUCGACCAGCAAUACAAGACUAUUUUGAAAAAAUCACGACCGCAGAGCUAGACGACACACAUGUUGAAAAGUCUGAAACUAGUAGUGGUGGAAAGCCUUUAUCAGAAGGUGUUUCAGAAGGUGGUGGAGAAACAGAAUCAGCAUCGGCCUCAAAAGGAGGAAUAGUGCCGCCUUUUGUUGAUAACUCAAAUAUGGAAAUUAUACUUCUGCUUAAACCAUACACUGUCAUUCUUUGGAAAGAUACCAAGAUGUAUUAUCUUUUCGAUUGUCAUUCUAGAGAUAUAGAAGGUAAUGUGUUUGGUGCAUCGCAAUGGAGUGAAGUUAUGUUAUGUCCUGCCAGAAAGAAAAAGCCUUCAGAAGACGUUAAAAGUACCGCUCCGUCAGUAGCUGCUGCAUCGACUUACACUGAGGGGGCCAAAUCAGAGGGCGGAGGGACCGAAGGAGGAGGUGGAGAUAAAAUUGAAGAUGCGGAAAAAAAGGGCGAUGAACAAAUAACAGAAUACGAUUUGUUUCAAGAAGGAGAAGGAGCCGGAAUGGAACAAGAACAAGAAGAAAUAAGUGGAUUUGGAGAAUAUGAAGCCACUGUAGAAGGAAUCUUAUUCCCCAAAGGGAUAGUCAGAAGUGCGUCGUAUUGGGCAGAAAUGAUGAAAUCGGGCAGAGCGUGUACUUUGGCCUUCGUCAAACUCGAGGAACUCUUAGAUCACAUUAUCAAAAAUAUUCCUCCGAAAAUAAGAACAGAGGAACCUUACCAACUGAAAACAAUUAGAGUCACUAAUAAUCCUGAACGAAAAGACAUCAUGAGACCAGACGAUCUAAGAAAUGACGUUUACGAGGGUCAAUGGUAUGAUUUCAAAGAAGUCGAUCGCGGGAUUUGGAUCUUAAGAGGAACUCUGAGUCUACACCAUGAAUUGUUCCCCCAGUAUAACCGAGGCAGACAACAAGUAAUGACGGCAGUCUGUGCUUUGGGCAUAGUAUAUACAUUUGGUGUGUUGUGCUUCACCAAAUUUACUGUUGAUACAAUCUUAAAAUAUGGUGACAGGCUAUUGACGUUUGUGAAGAAGGUGAGAAAGAGACAAAUGCUUGAAUACGAUCCAGAUAAACUUUGCGAUGACGAAAUCGAUUGGAUUCUUCAACACGAAGAGUUUGGCAUUAGAGAAGUUCCGAAAAAAAUAUGUAUUUGGAAAUUCAUGAUCCACGUUGAAACUCAACCGGAAUUGGUCGUCGGCGAUAUUAGAGCUGAACCGUUCGAACAGCUUACCGACGUAAAAAGAGGAGUCGACAAGUUUUUCGAAGAAAAUAGACUCGGGAUAUUAGAAUCGAAAGAUUAUGCUGUUGCAAUAUGGAAGGGAUGUAGACUGUAUUACAUGUGCGAUGGUCUAAGUAGAGGUCCGAAUGGUUUGACAGCUUCAUGCGGUACUGGUUGCGUUACCAGAUACCUGAAAACUGAAAAUUUGGUGAAAACGUUUUUGUCGAAUAUGACAAGAUUGGGUAAAAACAAUUUUUAUAUUCAUGGCAUUAAAUUUGGCAGAGAUAUUUGUCCGAGAGUUAGAACACCAAAGGUUUACAUUCCACCCAAACUACAAUGUGUCGCAAAUGUUUGUAGAGAAAUAUUCCCAGGUAAAACAAUCGUACGUGGUUCAAUCAAUCAAGACGAUCCCAAAUUCGGUAAACAUCCCAGCGCGUUAAGUUUGCCUAUAGCUUUCAUAGCGCUCACUAUGACCCUUAUUCAUAAAACUCAAAUUUGGUCCAAACCCAUUCUCGACGACAUAAUCGAAAUCGGCAACGAAUUAUAUGACAUAUCUGUGGACAGCUUGGGUUUCGAUUUCAAUCCUUGGGAAGACAAAUUGAACGUAUGCCAGGUGAAACAUGACUUUUUCGUUGGGGUACUAAGAGCAAACUUGGAAGUCAGAACUAUGGAUCAAAAGGGGGUCAUAGAACCACCAGAUCCUUGCACAUUUAAUUUACGAAUGGGAAUUCAAAAAUUUUUCGAUCAAAAUACACAUGGUGUAGUAAUUACCGAACACUUAAUUGUUGCAAUUUGGGAAGAAGAAAUAGAAAAUGCCGACCCUCAAAUUUAUAUUUAUGAUCCCAAUUCGAGAGGUCCCACUGGAUUACCAGCCUACAAUGGUGUUUGUUGUUUAAUCAGUUGUAACGAUCCCAGAAUGGCAGCAGCUCACAUAUGCAGUUGUAUUUUGGAUCCGGAACAGAAGCAGGGCCCAUACAGAAUAGUGCCCGUUGAAAUUGUAGUAGGUAGCAAGAGAACUCGUAAGAAGUUAAGAAGAGUUGAUACCGGAAGUAGUUUAAAUAUAUUGCCUAGAUGUACACAAGAUGAACUAAAUAAAGAAAAGAGAUUAAUCAGGAAACUGGCUGAAUAUGAAAGAAAAAAGAAACAAUUCAGAGCACUCCAGUUGAUUGGCCGUAAAGCUUGGUACAUACUUAAAAAUGGUGAUUCCAUUAUCAGAGGGUACAAAAGUACUAAUUCGCCAUGUUAUCCCGAAAGCGCUAGAAACAAUCAAGAUUUACCCAUGUGCAUAGUAUCACUAGUCAUGCAUAUCCUCUUUUCAAUAGAAAACUGGACUUACAAGAAUAUAGAUCUAGUUUUAGAUACUGGAAAUCAGCUCUACUUAGACUCGUAUAUAGCCUACGGUCCCAAGGACCUUAAACUUGGUCCAGAAAAUAUUAUAAGAAAGUUUUUCUUACGACAUUUAACAAUAAAAGUCAUUGUAUACAAGCCGAUCAUUACUGAAGAAUUUAACUGUACUAUUUUAAAUAGAGUAUUAAACAUAUACUUUUCGCAAGAACCAUUUUGUAUGUUAAGCCAUUUCAAUCAGUGGGUGUCGUUAAUAGCUAAAAGUGGUCAUUUUUAUAUGUUUGAUCCUCACGAAAGGGAUAUCGAAGGAAAUGUGAUGGAUGAUAGUAAUAAGGGAGAAUACGCAACUGCUGUAGUCAUUAAAUGUGGUAGUGUGGAAAGUCUUGUCGAAAGAUUAAUUACAAAUUUGUCUUACGUGCCACCUACUAUCGAACCAUCAAAUCAAAAUGUUGGGAAGGAUAACGAAUCGCAUGUAGAUAAUGAAACAGUCGAAGAGAAUUUGUUUACGUUAUGGCUUAUUUCUGUAGACAUCAGGUGAUUUUGUAUAUAAUUUUGUCCAAUUGCAUUUCAGUUUUUGUAAUGUUUAACGUGUAACUGUAACAAUAAAAAUUUUGGAUUAAGGUUUUUGUAUUAGUCCUGUGUAAUGUUCAAGGC